UGCUGGGAGAGACUUCAGUGGACUCUCCACCCUCAUCUUCCUCUGAGUCAAGUGAAGCAGAAAUGCUCCCGGCGGGCGCAGGGUGAAGGUCAGCCCGGUGAGAUCGAGUGGAGUGAUCGCUCACCCGUGGACAUGUAUCAAGGCGUAACGAUGACCACGAACCACGGACCCGCGUCUUACGAGCCCGGUUUCCUCCAUAACGCCGUCUCCGCCGCCGCUUCGCCGGUGUACGUGACGCCCACCCGGGUCACCCCGAUGAUCCCGGCGCUGCCGUACCUCCAGACGCCGCAGCAGAGCAGCCCGGUGUCCGCGCACUCGGGAUGGGCGCAGUCGGGCGCGGACGCGGUCGCUUCUUACAGCUCCGCCGGCGGGCACCAUCAUUCCCCGGUCUCCAGGUUCACGUUCUCCACGAGCCCUACGUUAACCUCUUCGGCCCGGGAGACGGGGAGUUACUCGAGUCCGCUGAACAUCUCCGCUGGCGGGCGGGAACACUACGGGACGCGCGGUCUGAGCGGAUCCUAUCACAGCGGGUACCCGGCCUACGUGAGCCCGAGCAUCGGAGGCUCGUGGACGGCGUCGCACUUCGACAGCUCCGUGCUGCACAGCCUCCAGAGCGGAGGAGCGCCCGGUGCCCCGCGACACCCGAGCUUAGAGCUGCUGGAUGAUUUCUCUGAGGGUCGUGAGUGUGUGAACUGUGGGGCGAUGUCCACUCCUCUGUGGCGGCGGGACGGGACGGGUCAUUACCUGUGUAACGCCUGCGGUCUCUAUCACAAGAUGAACGGGAUCAACCGGCCGCUCAUCAAACCUCAGAGACGACUGUCUGCGUCCAGACGGGUUGGUUUGUCCUGCACUAACUGUCAGACGAGCACAACUACUCUCUGGAGACGUAAUGCAGAAGGAGAGCCGGUCUGCAACGCCUGCGGUCUCUACAUGAAACUCCACGGGGUUCCUCGUCCUCUCGCCAUGAAGAAAGAGGGGAUUCAGACCCGAAAACGCAAACCCAAAACUAUCAGCAAGUCCAAACCUGGGUCAUCUGAGGGUCAGACGCCGUCCAGUGCUGCGAGCUCCAGUCCCACAGAGGAACCGCGGUCAAUAAAGACAGAACCGGACACAGCGUCAAUCUACACACACCAUAACAUGAACACAGCGGUUUCUGGAUUUCCGUCUUAUCUGGGAACUCCAAGCUCAAGUUCUGCUCUCAAGCUUUCUCCGAGUGGAUCUUCUAGCUCCAAAAGUGAAGCGUGGAACAGUCUGGUUCUGGCAUGAGGAACCUCAGAGGUGAAGAUCAGGUCCAUCUGG